AUGUCCAUUGUCCCUACUUCUCAGCUAUAUCUUGACAGCAUGGUAAAUCAGUACGACAAUGAAUAUGAUUAUGGCCACGAUUCACAGGACUCAAGUCCAGAAAGUACCAGCCCCCCUGGCCCUAUCGAGCAUAUCGAGACCAUUGGUGCGAAUUUCAUCGAUCCUUUUAUGACCUACCCCUGGCGUCAUUCUCCAGAAAUCGCCAACGCAUGCCAGGCAUAUUGUACGUCCGUGCUAUGGCCUACUCUUACUCCCGGAGCCAGUAGAUCGGAUGUCUCGGCCUUGAAUUGGUUUCCCUUGAUGAUGUCUGAGCCUACUCUAAUGACAGCCAUCACGUUCGGCUCACUCUCGCACCAACGGGUGCAGUGGCUGAACCGGUGGAUUCCGGACGGCGCAUUUCGGGAACGAGAGCAGCAGCUUCUAAAAGUCUGCGAAAUGGAGACCAUCGAGCUGAUCAAUCAGGAAAUGAAAAAGCCAGGCCGAGCGAUCAGUAACGCGGUCAUUCUGAGUGUAAUGUGCAUGGCACAUAAUGCAACAGAUAUUAGCGAAGAACGACAGUUUCGGCACAUUCCGUUCACAGCACCCAUGCGGCGGUUGCAAUGGAUUGACGUCUAUGGCAGUCUGCGGCCAAACCUGGUACAUGUCCAAGGGCUGAUCUCAAUGAUUAACCUACGUGGUGGCCUUGAAGCAAUCGACCUACCCGGGUUGGCUCCCGUAGUGUCUCUGUAA